UUUUUUUAUUAUCAAUGAUGCAGCACUUUGCGAUUAAGUUUAUAAUUAUUAUCAUCUAAGGUUCACCCAAUCGAUCGAUGACUCCUUUAACAUGUUGAUGCUUAUUCAAAUAAUGGGCUUCAUCGUUCAAGUUUGCUUUGAAUCCUUUCAAUUAUUUCGCAUAAUGGAUCACGAUAAGGACGAAUUUCCUGUAGAACAGCUGAUUUUUAUUGUACUGUAUGUACUCGUUACUUUGAUACAGUUGUACUUGUACUGUUACGUCGGGGAAAUGCUCAUCGUCGAGAGUUCUGAGAUGGGCACAUCAGCAUACGCAUCACAGUGGUACAAUUUGUUUCCAAAAGAUGCACGGAAUAUUCUUUUCGUGAUGCAUCGAUCCUCUAUACCACUUCGUUUAACGGUUGGAAAAAUCGGCACUUUUUCGAUGGAAAUGUUUAGCCAGAUUUUGAAAUCUACAGUAGGAUACCUUUCGGUGUUACUAACGGUAACGGAUAAGAAGAAUAAUUAAUUUUAAAAAGUACUAAUAAAUAGAAUAGCGAAAGUGGUGGUAAAAUCUUUUUCAUCUGGGAGACUAUCAUGAAAGCGCAGUAUAUAUUAGUAACAAAU